AUGCCAAACCAUAAGCAUUGGCUCUUACUGCCCUUGGCUCUGGCCAGUCCAGUGCUCGGUGGUUCGAAGAAACCCUGCGAAAAAACUACUGUUGCCAUCCUUGGUGGUGGUGUCGCCGGUAUCACAGCAGCCCAAGCCCUAAGCAAUUAUUCAGUUCACGACUUUAUCAUUUUCGAAUACAACUCCGACAUUGGCGGUCGUAUGCGACAUACGACCUUCGGACAGGACGCGAAUGGUCAUCCUAUAACCGUCGAACUCGGCGCAAACUGGGUGCAGGGGUUGGGAACAGACGGUGGUCCUCAGAACCCUAUCUGGCUUCUGGCUCAAAAAUACGGAGUCAAGAACACCUACUCCGACUACAGCUCGAUCCUUACCUACGAUGAGACUGGUUACGCCAAUUAUUCCAGUCUUUUUGGUGACUUUGAGAAUGCAUACUCGGUCGCCGAAGAGUUGGCAGGCACAAUCGAGUCGGGAAAUCUGCAGGAUCGCAGUGCCCGAGCUGGUUUCACUCGUGGCGAUUGGCGGCCGAAGAAGGACAUGAAGAUGCAGGCCAUUGAAUGGUGGGAAUGGGACUGGGAGUACGCAUAUGAACCCGAAGUAAGCUCGCUAGUUUUCGGUAUCGUGAACUAUAAUACAACAUUCUACCAAUGGUCAGACGAAAACAAUUUCGUCUGGGAUCAGCGUGGAUUCAACACCUGGCUCAAAGGCGAGGCAAGCACAUUCUUGACAAAAAACGAUAAACGGCUGCGUCUCAGUACCACGGUCACCAACGUUACGUAUAGCGAUACGGGUGUGACCAUCACCGAUAGCCAGGGGAGCUGUUAUCAAGCGGAAUACGCCAUAUGCACUUUCUCCCUCGGCGUUCUCCAAAACGAAGCUGUCAGCUUCCAGCCUGAAUUCCCGGAAUGGAAACAAGACGGAAUCGACAACUUCGACAUGGGCACGUACACCAAAAUCUUCCUCCAGUUCCCAGCGGACAAAGUUUUCUGGCCCAAGGACACACAGUACUUUCUCUACGCGGAUCCUAUAGAACGCGGAUACUAUCCCGUCUUCCAAUCUCUCGACUCACCAGGCUUCCUCGAAGGUUCCGGCAUCCUCUUCGUAACCGUGGUGCACGACCAGUCUUACCGCGUCGAAGCUCAAACCGACGAUGAAACCAAAAACCAGGUCAUGGCCGUUCUCCGAGACAUGUUCGGUGCCGACAAAGUCCCCGACCCAAUUGCAUUCAUGUACCCGCGCUGGAGCCUUGAGCCAUGGGCAUACGGAAGCUACUCGAAUUGGCCUUAUGGUGUGACAUUGGAAAUGCAUCAGAAUCUUCGCGCAAAUGUAGGUCGUCUUUAUUUUGCUGGUGAGGCGACAAGCGCCGAGUACUUUGGGUUCUUGCAGGGGGCUUGGUAUGAAGGCCAGAGCGCGGCUGAGGAGGUGGUUGCUUGUCUGAAUGGAAAGUGUACGCAAGCGACACACUACGCGCCAUUGUAUGGAAGUACCCCUGUAAGCCAGUAUGAUGAGCAGAAUGGGUGGACAGUGACGAGUUUCCAGACAAAUGGCUUUUGA